AUGACUAAGAUACGGGCGUCAAAGCUACGUAGUAAACCAGAGUCUGAACUACAGAAGCAACUUGGGGAGCUUAAGACGGAACUUGGCAAUCUUCGUUUGUAUCGGGUAACGAGAGGCGCAUCCUAUCAUGGAAAAUUGAAGAAAAUCCGGACACUAAGAAAGUCCAUUGCUCGUGUAUAUACAGUUAUUCACCAGGCUCAAAAACUCCGCCAACGUGAAGCUUAUCGUUCCAAGAAAUAUGUUCCCAAAGAUUUGAGACCUAAGAAGACCAGAGCAAUACGCAGAAGGCUUACGAAGAAAGAGCAAUCAAUUCAUUCUGCGCGUUCGAUGCGCAAAGCACGUUCCUUCCCUCCUCGUGUAUUUGCUGUUAAGUGCUAAGUAAUAAAAGUCAAAUUUCGUUCGUGGAUGUACUCUUUGCUUUUACCUAAGUUGCUUAUCUCCUGGAUGCUAGAUUUGUUAAUGUAAACGUUAGUUCAGUUGGCUGCAUGUGAUUUUGUACCUUUAAAAUCUAGUUAAGUAAGGUCUCCGAACUGCUACUUAUCAAAUAUAUCAGCGAAGUCUGACCAAUCGUCAAUGAUGCGAUUUGCGUCGAUUGUUACACAUUAGUGAGUAGUCGCAGUGCUAGUAUUAUGACAUGAUUACCAGUGUUUGUCCCCAAUGCUUACAAAAAUGACGAUCCUAAUUUGUGUUGUACCUUGAUUUAUAUCCUAUGGUCACUGAAUACGUGUUCAGUAUUGCUUGUUUGCAUUUUCGAUAUCCGGUUACGAUUAUUGAAAUCUCAUAAUGUUCAUACCAUACUACAAAUCAGUUGACUUGUUGCA